GAGGAGGAGGAGGAGGUUUGGUCUCAGGUUUUUGUUGUGAACCCUUGUCUCCGCCGUGAGUCUUGCUCUUUCCGUUACAUAGUUCAUCUGAUACAACCAGAGUGAACCGCCAGAGCCCGUGUGUUUAGAUAAACUUGUUUAAGCGAACUUAGUGUAAGUUUUCGGGACGUUUAAUUGCAGGCUCAUCCUCCUUAGCUAAGAAUGCUAAUGAAGUUAGCUUAGCGUGCUAGCGGCAAAUAGACAUAGACAGAGCUCGACCAGUGCUAGUCGGAGUGACUGAAAGACCAAGCUUUUUUCAUAGGCCAGCAGUGUCCAGAUAAACCUGUCUGAAUGGACUCUGUCUUUUUCCCUUUCCCUGAAAAAAAGUGAAUGACCGUCUGGUCUUUUACGAAGCUAAUGAAGCCAGCUUGCUAGCUGGAAGUAGACGGAGGCGGCGGUAUCCAGUAACGCGGCGCACAUCAGAGUGAACAAACCUUUAUCGGAGUGUGUCUGGAGGAAAAGUUGCUGUGAUUUAGGAAAAAAAUGUCUAAAGUUAAAAUGCUGAGAGCUUUUGUCAACCAGCGACUAACUGCGGCUGCUGAAGAGAUCUUUGAGCUGUUUGAAACAACGAUAGCAGAGUACGAGGAGAAACUUGAGUUCAGUUCAAAAGAGAAUCACCGACAACGGAAACUACUGGACGCUGUUUACAACCCUGUCCGGUUACACAGAGCAGAGGUCCAGCAGCUGUUGGUGAUUAAGGAAGAGGUUCCUCCUGAGCAGAAGGAGUGGAGAUCCAGUCUGGACCAGGAGGACCCAGAGCCCCCACACAUUAAAGAGGAACAGGAGGAACUCUGGAGCAGUCAGGAGGGAGAGCAGCUUCAAGGGCUGAAGGAGGCUGAUAUCAAGUUCACAUUCACUCCUGUCCCUGUGAAGAGUGAAGAACAUGACGAGAAUGCUCAGUCCCCACAGCUUCAUUCAGCUGGAGGACCAGAACCAGCCAGGAACUCAGACCCAGAUAGUCCUUUACAACCAACUACUGAUGACAAGACAUCACACUCUGAACCUGAGACUGAUGACAGUAGAGACUGGGAGGAGACUCAGGAACCUCAGUCAGGUUUAAACCCUCUGCAAAACAGUGAGGUACCUCUAAGUGAAAAAACACCAAUUAGCUCCUCUGAAUGUGCUGGAAGGUUUGACCACAAGGGACACCUGCAGAAACACACUGGGAUCCAAACGGGGGAGAAACCAUUUAGUUGCUCCAUCUGUGGUAAAAAGUUUUCUCAAAAGAGGUCUUGGAAGACUCAUAUUAGACUUCAUUCAGAAGGAAAACGUUUUAGCUGCUCAGUUUGCAAAGUGAAGUUCAAUUUUAGAAGCAAUUUGGUUAAACACAUGAGAAGCCAUACCGGGGAGAAACCAUUUAGUUGUUCAUUUUGUAGUAAAAGAUUUGCAGUGAGUGACCAUCUGAGACAACACUUUAAUAUUCACACAGGGGAGAAACCAUUUAGUUGUCAAUUUUGUAACGUAAGAUUUGCUGCCCAGGGAAAUCUGAGACGACACAUGACUGUCCACACUGGGGAAAAGCCAUUCAGUUGUAUAGUUUGUGGUAAAAGAUUUGCACACAAGGGAGAUAUGAAACGACACCUGCUUGUUCACACAGGAGAGAAACCAUUUAGUUGUUCAAUUUGCGGAAAGGGUUUCACACAAACUGGAGAUUUGAGACGACACUUGACUGUCCACACAGGGGAGAAACCAUUUAGUUGUUCAAUUUGUGGCAAAAGUUUUACUCAAAAGGGAACUCUGAAACAACACCUUACUGGCCACACAGGAGAGAAACAAUUUAGUUGCAAUGUUUGCAAUAAAAGUUUCUCCCGGUUGUAUAAUGUCAAAAAACACAAGUGUGUCGGGGAGAGCAGCAGUAAUAAGUGAAGCUGCAGAGAUUCUUGUUGUUAAUUUUUUUUCCAGCAGCAACAAAGUACUGGGGGCAAGACUGGUUUCAACACUGGUUAGCCAAAACUGUCAGACUAAAGGCUGAUACAGACUCAAUGGCCCAAUUCCAAUUCUCCCCCUUGGUCCUACCCCUAGUUUUGGGGUGCCCUUGGCAGAGUAUUGGCCCUUUAGAAUGGAGCCGCAAGGGGCAGGGUUUGAAAUCUUAAACUUGGAAAUGGGAUGCCACUUGUUGUUACGUCACCAGUAGCAUUAGUCAGCCGAAAGUGAUAAAAGAAAUUCUGUUGAAACUUAUUGCUAAAAGUAGUUAAUAUCCGGUUGAAACAGCUUUAGUUAGCUAAAAGUGAUGAAUAAAAUUGGUUGAAAUUGUCAGCUGAAAGUAGUUAUUAACCAAUUGAAGUAACAUUAGUCAGCUAAAAGUAAUAAAUACUAGUUUAAACAGUUCAUGAAAAGUAACUGAUAAGUGGUUAAAAUAGCAUUACUUUGCUAAAAGUAAUGGAUAAAUGUUGAAACUAUUUGUUAAAAGUAACUGUUAAGAGGUUGAAAUAGCACUCUUUAGCUAAAAUCAAUGGAUUAUGGUUGAAACAGAUUGACAAAAGUAACCAAUAAGCAGUUGAAAUAUCAUUGCUAAUAAGCAAUGACUAGAUGUUAACGAAGUUCAAAGUAAUUUGUAAGUGGCUGAAACUGCAAUAGUUAGCUUAAAGUAACUGACAAAUGGUUAAAACAGCAUAAAUUAGAUUAGCGUUGAACUAUGAUUUUAAUUUAUGGCUUUUUUCCCCUGCCCCGAUAGCAGCCAUGUUGCUUGUUUCGCCAGAGACGGAGAUCAACCCUGCUGUUACUUUGCAGUAUAUAUAGUUCAACAUUAAAGUUAUAACUGUACUGAUUGUAGAUUGUCCUUGUGUUUAUAUGUUUGGUAUUAUGUUUUGUAUUUACUUUUUAUUAUGUUUGUAUUGCUUAUGUUUGUCAUUAUUUGUAAGGACCCCCUCGAAAAUGAGAUGGCACAUCUCAAGGGGCUAUCCUUGAAAUAAAGAAUAAAGAUUCGAACAAAUUGACAGUGACAUUGCAUCUGCAGUUUUCUGUCGUUACUUUUAUAAUUAUGUCCUAUUUUUGUUUUAUUUAUGAUUAUUUUGUUCACUUAAACAAUUAAUAUUCCUAUUAUUACUACUGUAUGUGACUGGUCAUCGGUUACUUGAAUACGCUGUCAUCUGUCAUUGCGACUUCUGUCAGCUGUCAAGCUGUCAUCUGUUUGGGGCUUAGUUGAUGUGACGUAUUGUCUGCUGUGCAGAGGAUUGUGGGUCAGAAAAGCCAGAAAAGCAUGCUGGCUUGCAUACUAAGAAAUCAGACGGGAUGUAGUAGAAUAUCCUGGGCCGGCAUUCACAAAGAAUCCUAAG